CUGAUUCUUCGCCAACUGCAGCCUUCCGACUCAGAUGCGCUGUAUGAAUUCAUGUCCCUCCCUGCUGUGAUGCAACACACCACCCGAGCGCCUCUAACAGAACCCCACCAAGCAUCAACCUACCUCUCCGAACGCAUCUCGGGCCCCUCCAUCUACAACUUCGCAGUCUGCCUAAAAACAUCCACCCCUGCCACCUCAAGCCCCCUCAUCGGCAUCCUAGGCAGCCCCUCGUACCCCGAAAUCGGGUAUUUGUUUUCUCCCCUCUAUUCUGGCAAAGGUUACGCUACAGAAGCUCUUCUAGCCUUUGUACCUGCACUCUUUGCUAUUAUGCCUGAGGAGCAGAAAUUCGCAGAAGCUUUGGUGGAUACGCAGAAUGUUGCGAGUAUAAAGCUUCUGCAGAGGUGUGGGUGGAAACGAUGGGGUGGUGUGCAGGAGGGUGAUUAUACGAGUCCUCUGUUGGGGGUAAGGGAUAGUGUGUGUUAUAGGAUUGCUAGGGAAGGGUGUGAUUUAGAGGAUAUGGUGGUGCAAGGGAGGGAAGGGGAGGGUUUUGUGCCUGAUUUGCAGUAAACUGGUCUGACUUGACGGCAGCUGUAUGACAUGGUGCUGACGGCAUCGAACAUCAACAAAGCCUCUUUAGCUCAGUUGGUAGAGCGCGGCACUAGUAAUGCCGAGGUCACCGGUUCGACUCCGUUAGGAGGCAUGCUUUGCUUUUGUUCGUGGUCGUUGAGGAUGGGACAAAGAUCCUUUUGUUUCGGCGCUUUUUUCUCGUGUUCAGGGGGUGUAACUGAAGCCUGCAUAAA